AUGACCAACGAUAUGACUUCACGUGAAGGUCAGCGCGGCCACAAGCAGUUCUUUAUUGGAAACUUCCCCGAUCCCUUCUGUCCCAUUUUGAGUCAAGUCCAAACUAGGGGUCGUCUUGGUGUCUCCAAACACAGCCUACCAUCUGAUUUGAAGGUCGAGACCCACGUCAACGGUGGCCUCAGGCAAAGCUCUACUACUGGAGAUCUCAUCCUUUACAUCCCCACACAAACAAAGAUUACUUCUGAAGGCCAAACACUGCGGCCUGGUGAUUUUAUGGUCACUGGCACUCCAGCUGGUGUUAGCAGGCAUUAG